AUGGAAAUAGGAAAUUUUAAGAAUCUUGAAUAUUUGGAUAUUUCUGAAAACAAGUUUUUUGGUAAAAUUCCAUCAAGUCUUGGUAGUUGUGUAAAGCUCGAAACUCUAGCCAUGAGAGGAAACCUCUUCCAAGGAAUUGUUCCGUCUUCUUUGGAAUCAUUAAGAGUUCUUGAAAAUCUUGAUCUAUCCAACAAUAAUUUGUUUGGACAAAUUCCAAAGUUUCUGGAGCUCUUUGUCUACUUGCAAUCUGUGAAUUUGUCUUACAACAAUUUUGAGGGUGAGGUACCAACAAUCGGAGUUUUUAAGAAUGGAAGUGCAACUUUCGUUAAGGGUAAUAGUAAGCUUUGUGGGGGUAUACCUAAGUUUCAGCUUCCAAAAUGUAAAUACCAAAAAUCUAAGAAGAGAAAGUUGACCCUCACCUUUAAGUUAAUAUUCUCUAUAUUUUCUGGGCUUCUUGGAGUAACUUUGGUUCUAUUACUUCUAUUUCUUUCCUCUUUAAGAAAGAAAAGAAAAGAAAAUACCUCAAGUGACUUGGGGAAUUUGCUUUUGAUUCUAUCUUACCAAAAUCUCUUUAAAGCAACUGAUGGGUUCUCUUCUACCAAUUUAAUUGGUAUGGGUAACUUUGGAUCCGUGUAUAAAGGAAUUCUUGAUCAAGGUAGACAUACGAUUGCUGUCAAGGUGCUCAACCUUUUGCAUCAUGGAGCUUCUAAAAGUUUUAUGGCCGAGUGUGAGGCUCUACAAAACAUUAGACAUCGAAAUAUUGUAAAGGUUCUUACAUCAUGUUCUAGUAUUGACCAUCAAGGUAAUGAUUUUAAAGCAUUGGUAUAUGAGUUCAUGGCAAAUGGCAACCUAGAUGAAUGGCUACAUCCAACUCUAAGAACAAGCGAGACUCUUGAGGAACCAAGAAAUUUGAGUCUUCUUCAGAGACUGGAUAUUGCCAUUGAUGUUGCUAAUGCAUUGAAUUACCUUCAUCAUCAUUGCCAUACACCAAUCAUUCACUGUGACCUCAAGCCUAGCAAUGUUCUUCUUGAUGAUGAAAUGGUUGGACAUGUAGGUGACUUUGGCUUGGCAAGAUUGCUUUUUGAUGCUACCCAAGAUUGUUCUAUUCACCAAUCAAGCUCCGUUGGAAUAAGAGGCACAAUUGGUUAUGUUCCUCCAGAGUAUGGUUUGGGAAAUAACGUGUCAACAUAUGAUGAUGUCUAUAGUUAUGGCAUAUUAUUAUUAGAGAUAUUCACGGGAAAAAGGCCUACUGAUAAUAUUUUUCAAGAUAACUUAAACCUCCACGACUAUGUUAAAGCAGUUUUGCCAGAACAGAUAAUUGACAUUAUAGAUUCUAUCCUUUUGAGUGUGCAUGAAAAAGAAGGAGAGACACGUACAAACAACAUUACUCGCAAUGAGGGUCAAAAUGGAAGUGUAACAAGUCAAGAAUGCUUGAUUAUGAUUAUAAAAAUUGGGGUUGCUUGUUUGGUUGAAUUUCCAAGAGAAAGGAUGAACAUGAGUGCUCUUAUAAUUGAGCUACAUUCAAUUCGACAGAAACUUCUUGGAACUAAUAGACGCAGACAAAGGCUUCAAUAA